GAACUUACCUUAUAUCAAGGCAGACCGCAAUGUUCAGUUGCUGGAUAUUCGCUAGGCCAAAAGCGCGAACGGAUGGCUAUAAAAGAUGCAGUUGUGGAAGAAGAAAAAACAACAACAGCGACAUGUGAUUGAAUCCCGCUCCAAGAUGGUCGAAUGUCAAUAGACAAAGGAUUGCUGAUUCCAGGAGCCCUAUAUGGAAAGAAAGAGCAUUUGGUAUUAAGUAAAACACAUCCAAAUGCUAUCGUUCUACUCGUUCCUAAAAGUCGUCGGGUGUCUAUGUCUCUAGUUAGCCCCCAGACGAGUCUUUCUCUACUUUUCUCCGUCUGUUCUCGUACCCUCUCCACUAAGGCAAUCGGUGGAAUGAAGGAGUAUAGGAGGGAAAUAUUCGGCGCGGACGGAUAUAGACGAGCUAUUUAUAGUCGAGACGUUUGGAAUCCUCUACCCAACACACAUACACACACCUUACACAUAGCCUAUGUUACAGUAUGAAUCUGUGUGUGUGUGUGUGUGUGUGUGUGCGUGUGUGCGUCUUGCUAGACCUUGGUCUGACCCAUCUCUUACGAGAGUAGUCUUCUCUUUGCCGUGUUCCAGUCGAGUCCGCUAAACGUCGGGAUCUUUGCAUUCCGACAGACAAUGGUGUGAAAGUUUCAAUUAUCAUUACCUUUGGUACCUCUACGCUAUACAAACCGUCUUAUGGCAGACGAUAAGAAUUUAUCCAGUCCAUUCGCCGGGCAAAGAGAAAUGAAUCCUACCGAGGCAGAGGAAGCGUGGCAACAGGAGAAAGAGUUUCUGGAUUAUAUGUUCGUUUCGCUUCGUCACGGCAGUGGUGGAGACGAAAAUGGAGCCGCUGAAUCGAGCCGGAUACGUCGAACUGGGCAGCAACAGCAGGCAUCGAGCAUAUCUUGCAUCACUACGACUGCUAAUAAUACAGACAUUAGCUCCACAACAAACAAGACUUUGAGUCCUGUCAAAACGGAAGCUCCGGCCGGGUUAGAUCACUUGGACAACCUGUGCAAGUUGAUGGAACAGCUGGGCGAACUCCGCGAUGCCAACACUCGACUCCAGAAACGAGUCCAUUACCUUGAAGACAUGAAAACCCUUCAGGAGAUGCAUCAGGAGCUGGAUUUGUUCGUGGGCAGUGAUUCAACAGCUUCCACCUCAAUGCACAAAGCGGACGCUGGAGCUGAUCGAUCGUUGGACAGUCUUGAUAGUGGCGAAAUAUUGCCCAUUACGCAGGCAGAAUUAUUGGGUCACACUGCUGACUCCAUCAAAUCUACAAAUAAUAGCAGCAGUGACCAUCCUUCCGGCGGAGGACAUCAGUCACGUUCGCCGGCCGGCAAGAAAAUCAAAAGCAAUCACCACAUGAAAUUUAAAAAGCCUGGAACGUUAUUGAAAUACCGUGAACGCAGUAAAUCGGUUGGAUUUGAUGAAAACGUCGUUCCGGCCAUCAACAGUGAAGAAAAUGAGGUCGAUUAUGAUAAUGCCGUCAAUGCAUCGACCACAUCAACUCCAUCGCCUGACAGUUACAAAUUACCCGGAACGUCCGUGACUCCUCGAGGUCGAUCCAAGACCAAAGUCUCCAAAUGGACUAGAGUUAAAGAGGCUUUCCGUUGGGAGAAGGCCCAUGUCGACCAACACCAAGCCAACAGUCCGUCAUGUGCUACUAAAGUUAAUAACAGCCCCUCCAAGCAUCCGGAGAAAGAGGAAGCAGCACUCAGCAGACAGCAAGUCGUUGCUUAUCAACACUCCCUGUCACCGGAAAGUCCCGGUCAUGUUAUGGCCCGUUCUCCUAGUCCCGUCUUCCGGUUAGGACGCAGAAGGAGGUCCACGACGUCACGGGGGACAUCCACAUCUUCGUCAUCACUGUCCGAGUGUCCUCUCGAAUCGGAAAUCCUCAAGUCAUUCGCCGAUGCCCAGGAACUUCCUCUUUUCCAUCUCGAAAAGAGGCCGUCUAGUCCCGAAGUGAAUAAACUCUUAACGGAAGGCAGCGAAGAGGAAUCUGGCGGACUGCUCGAUUUGCAGCGGGGCUACGUGCUUUCCUUGCCGCAAAUGAAACGACUGCAUCGUCAGAGCACCGUCAGUUGCGAUGGCAAUUUCGCCACAUCCUCGCCAAGCACGAAUAUUGCCCAACUGCCAGAACGAAUCCCUGAAUCACAAAUACCUCCGUCUGAAAUUCCAUCCGAGCCGGAUCCGAUCAGGAUGAAAGGGCCCGAAUCGCCGAACCGGAGGAAAACUAGUAAAAAUUGCAACACCUUGAUGACGGCACCAUCCGACCAGCAGGAACUCGUCCAUCCAAUCCAGGCCGGCGCUGUUGAAAGCACGGACGAAAAUGUCGGAUCGUUCAUCUCAAAUUUACGCAGUCAGUUGAAACCUAUCAACGAAUGGACGUCUAAAUGGCAUUGCGACCUCAUGAAGAAUAGCUCGGCUUUGCCCACCUCCCCUGGUGCCGUCAGUCAUGUCGAAACGAGUUCCAGGAGUUCUCUUUCUGUACCUUCUACGCCGAAUCAGCAUCAGGCAUUCACCUUUGACGAAUUUCCUGAAGCUGGACUGGAGCUCGGAGCGGUCAGUAGAGAAAACAGUCCUGGAGGAAAGAAGAAUCUCGAUCUUGAAACCGCAAUGAUGUCAACGCUUAUGAACAGCAAUACAAUCAAAAACAAUCCUGGCUUAUUGUUAAAUAGUAUUUCACCUGAAUUCCGAAAGAAAGUUGAAGUUUGGGAACGGCUGAAAUCGGGCUUGUCCCCGGCACCGGCCGCAUUCGAUUCCGGUGCUUUAGCUUCAGCGACCCCGCCAACUCCGACAACGCCUCACCAAAUCCAACAACACGGUGGCAAAAAAUCGGCGGAUAGUCCGGAUUGGAGCGAUAUUGGCAAACGCAGGAGCGAACCGGAUAAAUUGCCGCCUGCAUUCAAAAAGAAAUUGGCCGAAUGGGAAAUUCGUAAAGCGGUGGCUGGAAAAUCCGAUCAGAAUGUCGAGGAAUUGCACAAAAUCUUACCACAUGAUUUUAAUAGAAAACUGCAAGAAUGGGAGCGAAUGAAACAGCAACAAGCCGCUGCUGGGAAAAUGUCGGUCGUUGCUGGAAAUCAACCGGGACUGGAACGCCAAGGCUCCGGUAAACAUAAUCAUCACAACCGCGGCAAACAAGUGAAAUCGGCUCAGAAGACGGAAGAAGUGCAACAACAUCGGGGCGAGAAACAAAAGGAAAAAGAUCUUCAAUGGCUGGAAAAAGAAUUGCAAAAAAUUGAGCGCGAAAAAUUGCGACUGGAACGCGAACGAGAAAAAUACAUUGAAAGAGAAUCUCGACUGGAAAAAAUACGAGAAGCCAUGAAACAGCCGGGUCACGGCCCUCAGCGCGAAAUUUGCAUCCGGACCUCAACGGGGGAAUUUCGGUUUCAAGGACUAUCCCGAAAAUUCACGAAAAAACUUUUCCAGUGGGAGGAACAAAAAGGAAUCCGUCCAGAAGCAAGCACUAUUGCUUUAUUGGAUGGCGCGUUCAGUCCCAGCCGGCCUGGCCAUCAUCACCACUUGCACAACCAUCACCAUCCAACUGCUGGUGAAUUUAGUUCCAGUAUAUCGGUACGGCCAAGCAAUUUGUCGGCAAUCUCACGAUCGAAAUCCGAAAGCAGCGUGGCAGAUCUAGUUAGCGCUAGUGUACACAGUCAGCCGUCCAGCUUGUCUCUCAACGACGCUGAAACAGCUACCGACUUUGACCGUCGAUUGGCCUCUGAUCAAGAAGAAGGUGCCCAAUCGACACCCGGACCGGGGGCUCUCCUCGUGGAGGUGGAGGACGUUACGGAGGAAUGUGCAGCUGUCGUUGAUAUUCCGGAAGUCAAGCCGCAAGCCCCCAUCUACAGCAUCGCUCCAGCAGAGCUCCGCCAAACAAUACAUAGGAGCGAACAAAACGAACAGCCAAGGUUUCAGGUGGGGAUAACCGGUCCGACAAGGGUGGAACGCAACGACUCCGUUAGGACUGAAGCCAGCUUUAAGCUACUAGAAGAAAAUUUGUCACUUUUGGACAGGCUCAGAGCCAAAGGUGAAAUUGUCAAAUACCUGGAAUUACAGAUGACUUCCCUUGACGGUGAUAUGGCGGGUGUCGUAAACACUCAGACGGAGGAAAUGGUACGACUUAAGGAAGAGGAAACUUGUCUUUCCGAUCAAGAAGAGAACAACUCAGUUGCGGGAAAUACGUCUACCGUUGAUCGCCUGAAACGGCGUAUUGUCUUACUUGAAGGUCGUGGCCAGCAACUGAAAUCUGAGAAAGAACAUCUCCAGGCAGUAUAUCAAAGGCAAUGUAGCCAGCAAGUGCACCUAGUCCAGCACUUGGUCGGUAAAAUGCAACAACUGCGUGACAUUGGCAACGUUUCUGGUACCACUCCCCCGCCGUUUGAUCCAGAGGCCCUCCAGCGACUGGACACGCUCACCACAGAAAUCCUUCAAGAGGCCCAGACUUUGGAAAAUUCCAUGAGGCAUUCUCAAAGGCUUCCGACGGCGUGUGGAGACCAGGGAGGGAUCACUAGACCAACAUCAUCCGCCGUUAGAUUUCCAGAGCAACUAAGUAUUAAAGCCAAUCAACUCAAAGAGGAAUACGAACGCCUGCGUUCUUUUGAUUCGGACUUGGAGACGAAUUCGGAUGAAGAGCCAGAAUCGACUCCAGUUCCUCGAGUGCUACUGCCCCAGUUACCGCCAGUUCCAUCCGAAAUGAGUAGCGCAGCCCGUAAGAAAGUCUUUGUCGAGACGCACCGCUUGGUUUUCGCUCCUUUAGAGACGAAUGUCACCGAUCCUGUGCCCAUCUUCCAGGCCGCUGUCGGAGAAAAUGAAACUGAGGAUGGCGAAGUGGUUCCAUGGCGACGGAUACGUAACGCAAGAGAUCAGCCUAACGAUGCCACACAGACAUGGAGAAUGAAUUCGUUGACGACAACCCCAACUGAGGAGUCCCCAUUCGAUCAAGGCCGUCCGAUGGCGGUCGCAACGGUCCGCAACACUGCUCCAAACAUUCGACGGAUGAUCGAUAAAUAUCACCAACGAGUCACAGCUUCUGGCAAGGAUCGCUCAGCUCCAACGUUUCAACUCCGUUCAAGAUGUGAUUUGCUAACUGACGAGCGUUCCAGUUCAUCAACACCUCCACCUACGAUUGUUGUCGAAAAUAAAGGCCACGGUUCGCCUCCUACACCAGCAGCUGAUAGCCCAUUACCAUUCGAGCAUGCCGGACAACUUCACCCCAAUUGCAUGGUGCAACUGAGCAAAUCGCUGAGUGCAGGAGCUAUGAACCCGACAUCGACUGAAAAUCAACGAACGGGGCCCUCUAGCUCUUCUAACUGGAAAGGGAGUGGAGUAUUGCGUUCCCAAAGUGGACUCCAGUUACCCAGUGGUCAGGUUGCCCCAUGCAUUCGCAAUCCAAGUUUUUUUCGGAAAUCCCCGCUCGAUCCGUCCAUUGACGAUCUGCUGCAGAAGUAUCGAGGUAGAAGACAGGUGGGCAAUGUGCCAGCAGACUUGCCUAAGAGCCCUACAUCCAAUCCGGAGCGAAUACUUAAAUUGAAGCAAGCUCGGGAAGCGUUUCUCACGGUUGGUCCCGGUGCCAUUCCGUCAUUGGAAUUGCGCCAAUCCGAAGAACAUGCCCAAUCAACAUCAGCACCCGAAGAAGAGCUACAGUCCAUCUCCUCAAGUCCAACCCUAGUUGUUCAAGAUAUUACCUUUGAUGAAUGUGCAGAACAGCCAGACACCAGGAGCUGUAGGUCACAAGAAGAAAGCGUCAGUAUGACUGGGGCCCGGCCUGUUGCUGGAAGCAGCGUGCCUUCCUCCCCUGCACCUUCUCGGCGAUCUAGUAAUAACGAUAAUUACCGUUCCCGAGGUGAAAGUCCACAGCGAAAUCCGGUAGGCCGGCGCAGCUGGCUUAAACAGCCCUCAAAACUUUUCUUUCCCAAAUCCCCAAAAACCCCAUAAAAUAAUUUAAACAAAUUAAACAAAGAACACAACCUUGAUGCCCCAGACUUGCCCAUACACACAGUAUAUAAAAUAUGCAUAAAGUUGGCAAACAUCAACGUUCCCGCGGUCCUAAUUAAAUCGUUUUCGUUUGUUCACAGUGCCAAAAGGAGAGAAUGGUUGUUUCCGUUUGUUUCAUGAUUGCUUUGUUUCAUUCGGCUUGAUGAACAAUCGAAUUACACACUUGUAUGAAUAUGA